CGCGUUGCCGCGGCGGAGAUGGCGGAGGCGGCGCCGAGCGCGGGGUUGGCCGCGUUGCCCGACUCGGUGCUCCUGGAGGUCCUGGCGCUGCUGCCGCUGCGGGACCGGCUGCGCGCGGGCAGGGUGUGCCGGCGGUGGCGGCGGCUGGGGCAGGACCGGGCGCUCUGGAGACACGUGGACCUGAGCUCGCACCAGCUCAGCUCCCGGACCCUGUGGCACCUGCUGCGGCGGCACUUGAAUGAUGGACUGCAGACGCUGAAGGUGAAGGGCGCGCUUUGCUCCUCCAGGAAGCACGAGACCCUCUCCCCCGCGCUGCUGGCCGCCCUCGGGAAGCAGUGUCCCCAGCUGGGCCGGCUGUGCCUGGCCGAGGCUGACCUCCGCCCGCUCCCCUACCAGAGCAUGCCUGCUUCCCUGAGGAUAUUAGAACUGAGUCACUGUGAAAUCCCCUCUGCAUGGUUCCAGGGAACUGCCACAAAUGCCCUGCCGCAGCUGCAGCAUCUCAUUGUGCGUAACGUCCCUGCCUUUUGUGAUCAACAUCUGCUGAAUAUCUCCUCCCAGGCUCCUCUGAAGACACUGACCUUGUCUGGCACGUACCGGGUAACAGAUGCAGGAAUUCAGAAAGCAUCUGUGUACUUGGGGGGGUUGGAGCACCUAGUGCUGCGCCACUGCGUUAUUACUGACUCUGCUGUUCAUUUCAUUGGGCGCCAUAUGAAACGUCUCCGGCUUCUGGAGAUCAGCAAUGCUUAUUCCUUGACAAACGCAGGUUUGGCUUGCCUAGCAACCCUGAAGUGCCUAGAAACGCUGUGCCUUGACCUCUGUGAUAAGUUCUCUCCUGAUGCCAUUGUUGCUUUGUGCCAAGCACUCCCCCAGCUGAGCAAUCUCAAUUUAGAUGGGGCUCAUUUUGAAGACGAGGCAAUACGUAAAAUUCAGGCAAGUUUGCCUAACUGCAGCUUUUCACAUGCUCCUUGAUACAGAUAUUGAAGUAAGUUGUUAGCAAUCUAAGGUGGCAGGACACUCAUCCUUUGUCACCAAGCCUCAAAUGCUCCCUUUUGGGCAACGCUUCCCCUCCCUGCCCCCGAUAGCCAUUUAAUGUGUCUUUGGGAACAGAAUUUCCACUGGGGCUGAAAUAGUCCUGCGAAAAGAAGAAAUUUUCACAUAACAUGAACAAGUAACGUAAAAUGGCUUGGUGGGAUCUUGCUUCUGGUGGGAUCUCUCCAUAGAGCAGGCAAACCUGAGAGUUGGGGAGUGCACAGCAGUUGACAUUUGGGAACCCUAGUGGUGAACUGACUGAUUGGCUUGACCAGUUGAACUGACUUGGCUGACCAGAGAGCGAGCGAGCAUGUGCAUGUUCAUAUUACAUUUAACCUCCUCCUCUGCCCCUGUUACACCCCCAGUGCUAAACAUCGGGCAGCAGUUCAAACAGCACAGAAUUCAGGAGACUAAGUGAGAGGCCCUCCUGCCACAGGAGGAGGUUGAGCUGCCCCAAACCUAGAACUCCAGUUAAUAUCUAACUCUGGUUACUCAACCACUCUGUGUGUACGUUCCCAACUUCCCUCAGAGGAAACACUUAAAAGACUGCGCUUCAGACACGUACUGCCAAAGCUGGUUUGUUCUUGGAAGAGUUCAGGUGACCCUGUCCAGACACUGAGUGUUUUCAGAGUCUGGGCUGUCUUCGUGCUUUUAUCUUAUUUUUCAAAAUGCAGAAAAUUUUGGUCCUAGAUCUUCCUAAUUGUUUGUUCCUAAAAGCAUCCCUUCCUAUUCAUGUAGGGAAAGGGCACCUGUUUGUGCUCCUGGGCAUUAGAGGGAGCUGCCGUUACCUCUCCUUGUCUUGCUGGGCUGUGCUACCUUGAGCAGCCACAUUGCCUUAUUGUCUUUUAUUCACAUACUCGUUUUACUCAAGACGUCGUAACAUGAGUAUAUGACAGAAAAACCUUACCAAACAUUGCAACUGAAGUUUUGUGACAUUGCUCUUCUGGACUGUUGAGUUACCUAAGGAUGUUGUUUUUAAUCAAAUACUGUAUUUAUUAAAUAAAAAUGUUU